GCGAUCUUCAUCCAACACUCCUCCUGGAAUCUCGCUGCUUCAAGCAGGGAAAAAGACAUGGGCUGGUGGGAGGGGAUACUCAAACCUCGAAACAAGGUCCCCUAGACCCUGAACCCUUGUCACAAUGAUGUCGUUGCUGCAGGUGGCUUUUUCGUUUCAACUAGACCCUCAUCCCAUGGUCUGAGUAUCCUGCCUUUGCUCACUGCCACUCGUAGUUUAUCAGCAUCCGUCUUGACUCGACGUUUUUCUUACUUGACUUUUGUACUCACCGACCAACUCCCAUCCACCAUCAUUGUUCCUUCAGCUCAGAUUUACUUACCAUCAUGUCUGAGCCUACGCAGACUCCCACGCCCGAGAAGACUCCCGGACCAGGCAAGAAAUCCAGUCGCCCUGGACUGGACCGGAGCAAUUCCGACGUCUCUACAACAUCCGCAGACGACCAGGGCUACGAGUCACGGUCCAGAUCACAAUCACGCCGGAGGAGGAGACAGAACCAGCGACAACGGCAAGCGGCCCAGGGCAAGGCCCAGGCUGGAAAUGCAUCGGCCCAAUCGAUGGCCGCCAUCGACGAGGGCGACGAACCAGAACAACAGCAACAGGUUGCCCAACGGCAGCAGCAGCCACAGCAACAACAACAACAGCCUCAAUGGCUCAAGAACCCCAACCCCCGAGACAUCACUGAGGCCCAGCCGUUCGAGCGGAUAAAACCACCCUCUCAAUCCAUGGACGGGCCCGUCACCUACGCUCGCAUGCUCCGAGGGGAGAUCCCGUGGCGCGGCGCACCACCCACGCAGCCACUCGAGACUGCACAGCCCAUCGACUCGAAAGACAGCAGUGGGAAAGACCCCAUGGACCAAGACGGUUUGAAGCUGCGGAUCGAGUUGAAUCUGGAUAUUGAGAUCGAGCUCAAGGCCAGCAUACACGGUGAUCUGACACUGGCAUUAUUAAAUUGAUCGUCAGGGCUUGAUUUGGGUCUGCCAAAGGUCAAGUUGCCCAAACUACCGAAAUCGCCCGCGUUACCCAAGCUGCCGAAACCGGGCCUGUGACGAAGCAAGGGGAAAAGGAACAAAGAUGAGGAAUCAAAUCUUAAUGUAUCAUGUCAUGUUGUUUUGCGGUCCGAGUUGGCUAGUUUUAUCAUCUUGUUUCAUACCUACUAUGAAAGCUAUAUAAGUUUGGCAUGGCGAUUUUGAAUGAGGGCGUUGGGAAAGAGCAC